AUGUCUGCUCUCCUCACCACCAUUGGCCUCCGCGCCGCCCCCGGCCAAACGGCCGCCAACCACGCCUCCGGCUUCCUCAUCGCAAACUGGGUUUGGGCCUUCUGUCUCAUGAGCAACCGUGACGCGAAGAUUCGCCUCGGCAUCGACAACAAUGUCUGUCCCCGCGAGGACCUGACUACCUACGGCGAGGCGGCGGUCCAGGCUGGCAAAAUCAGCCGCGACACGCUCAAUAAGCUGAAGCGUCGCGAGGCGGCCCAUGCGAAUGCUCAGGAGGGCUACCCUCUGUUUGUGGCGGCCAUUUUGAUUUCACUGUUUGCCGGUGUUCCCAACGAGACGAUCAACACCAUCGGUGUUUGGUACUCGAUUUCGCGUGUGGUGUAUAGUAUUCUCUACGCAAACAUCACAACCAAGCCUGCGAGCUUCCUGCGCUCCGUGGCUUGGUGGUCUGGUAACGUCAGCUGUAUCUAUGGGCUAGUUCAGGCUAGCAAGAAACUCUAA